AUGUCAGGCCCGAAGGCUGAUGCCAUCCUCUCACGUGUAGCUCCUGAGAAAAAGAAGAAGAAACGCAAGACAGCCACGACUUCAUCAACGACCGCCGGCCCAAGUGGGGUGAAUUUGAUUGUCGACGACGACAGUGGGUGGGGUAAUGGAGGUCAAGGCAUGGAUGAAGAUGCGGAUGACAUGGCGGAGGCUGUGGUUGCUUCGGAUAGGAGCUUCAAGAAGCGCAGGAUAGCUGAUAACGGAGAAGAGAGCUCUGGUUGGGCAACCGUGCGGGAAGGCGUAAAGAGAGAGGACGCGAGCCCACCUCCAGACGAGAAGCCUCAGGUCGUUGAAGAGCCCUUCGCUGGCGGUCUCGUAAACGCUGCCGAUCUCAAGAAGAAUUUGCCAGGACAAGACGCGAGUGCAGGAAAGGGAAAACGAACAGAAGCCGAUAUUGCGCGAGAACAAGAGGAAGCCCGGCUCGCACAAGAAACGGUAUAUCGCGAUGCCACUGGAAGAAAGAUAGAUACGAAAGCUGAACGAGCUGAGGCGGCACGGAAAAAGCGGGAACGUGAGGAGAAGGAGGCGCAAAAGAUGGAAUGGGGGAAGGGCGUGGUGCAGCGAGAAGAUGCUGCGAAGCGGGCGGAACAGCUUGAGAAAGAGAAGAAACGCGACCUAGCAGUGUACGCAGACGACAGGGAGUUAAAUGAAGAACAGAAGUCCACUAUGCGAUGGAAUGACCCUGCGGCACAGUUUCUCACCAAAAAACGUUCGAAAGGCCCUCGUAAACCAGAAUACACCGGUCCUCCCCCGCCACCUAACCGUUUCGGAAUCAAACCAGGCUAUCGAUGGGAUGGUGUUGACCGAAGUAAUGGCUUUGAGAAGAAAUUCUUUCAGAAGCAAAACGAACGAAGACGAAGGGGUUUGGAAAGUUAUCAAUGGAGCGUUGAUGAAAUGUAG